AUGACCAAACCCGACGGCGUCGCGCCAGAGGCGACGUCGGACGGCGGCGCCUCCCCCUCCUGGGGCACCUGGGAGGAGCUCAUCCUCGCCUUCGCCGUCAACCGCCACGGCACCGCCUCCUGGGACUCCGUCGCCUCCGAACUCCAGAAACGGACCUCCGACCCCAACCUCCCCCUCACCGCCCACGACUGCCGGUCCAAGUAUCUCGACCUUAAGCGCCGCUUUCCCGUCGCCCCCAAUCACGUUUCGGACGGCGGCGGCGGAGGAGACGUUAAAUCUGGCGCCGAAGAAUCCGCCGCGCCUCUGCUGGAAGAGCUGAGGAGAUUGAGAGUCGCCGAGCUCCGGCGGGAGGUGGAGCGUUACGAUCUCAACAUCGAGUCGUUGGAGUUGAAGGUGAAGAGGAUGGAGGAGGAGAGAGAGAGGAGCCUCCAGGAGAAAAGCGCGUCGGAUCUGGAGAACAAGGAUAUGGCGAAGCGAGUCGUCGAUCCGGAGGCGGAGCCGGGCGGCAGCGGCAGCGGCGGCGGCGUCGGACCGGCCGUCGGGGAGGAAAUCGACAAGGACCAGUUAUCGGUGAACGAAUCCAACUCCACAGAUCCUGAGGCGGAGAAGCCGAAAACCGGUGAGAAAGCGGCGGAGCCGGCCGCGGAGGGGGAGGGUCUGGAUAAAGCCGGGCAGGUAAGACACGAGCCGGUCGAAGUAAAAACCGAACCGGAUCGAAAAUCGGGAGAGGAGGAGGAGGACUCCUUCAACGGCAGCUCGAACAGCAUAGAGAAAUCCGACCGGCGGGGGAAGAAAAAACCGGUUGGAUUGGUGGCUGAGUCAGGCGGCAGAGAGGAAGCCGCGAAGGAGAGCUCUGAUGUGCAGAGCACGGCGAGCAGAUCGAGGAAGGAGGAGGGAGGUGGUGGUGAUAAGGUGCGGCGCGGGAACACAAGUGGCGAUGAGGGUGAACACGAGGAUCAAUCUCGUGCCGUGAAAGAAUUGUCCGCCCAAUCGCAGCCGUUGAUUGACUUUCUCCAAGUCCUUCGGGCUCACAAGCUCGGCUCCAUGUUCCAGCGCCGGCUCCGUAGCCAGGAAACCUCAAAAUACCAGAAGCUAAUCCUCCAGCACGUCGACCUGGAGACAGUUGAGAAAAGGCUGCGGCAAGGACGCUACUCGGGCUCACGGGCCAAGUUCUUCCGCGACCUCUUACUUCUGGUCAACAAUGCCCUCGUCUUCUUCCCCAACAACUCCCCCGAGUCCAAAGCAGCCCGCGUGAUUCGGGCCCUCGUCUCCAAAGAGAUGUCCAAGUCCAAAUCCGAGUCCUCCUCCGGUAAACAACUCUCUCUCCAGUCCCUGUCCAAGAAAGACAAAUCAGCCGACAACAAUUCGAAUUCGCUGAUGCUGAAACCGAGACUUCCUGGCUCGCUAACCGUGUGCCGCAAACGGAGCUCAAUCUCGUCCAAAGCCUCCGACAAGAAGGGCCAGUCCUCAUCAAGCCCCGCCAAUGAAAAGUUUUCCAAAAAAGCACCCGAGAGCCCAGACGAGCCAAAAAUCACUAAAAAACGGACGAGGGAAAACCGACUCUCUCCCGCAACCACCACAUCCACCACGAAAACAAACGGCAAGAAUAGCACCAACAACAACCACAACAACAAAAACAACAAUAACAAUAAUAAUAACACGACGAAGCAGCAGGAGAAAGGAGGGUCGAGCUCGGAACACAGCAAGAAGACGGCGGCCGAGACGGAGUCGAAAAAACGCGGGGCCGCUAACUUCUUGAGCCGGAUGAAGCAAGGGUCUUCGCCCUCGAAUAACGGUGACCUUCUCGAUGCACUGAAGAACACGCCACUGACCGGAGAGGGGAGCGGCAACAGUGGCGGGCCCACAGAGAAGAAGAAAGGCAUUGAGAAUGCGAAACGUGUGGAGAAGAAAGAGCAAGUCACGAGGAGGAGCACGGCUGAGACGAGGCUGGUGAAGGAGAAAGGGAGUCCCGUGAAGAAUGUCGGUCGGCCGCCAAAAAGGGCUGCACCGCCGGCUAGGAAGAGGGGUAGGGAGAGGAGUGAGAACGAGACUCCGCCGGCGAAGAAGAGAACGAGGAAGUUGUAG